UGAAUUUAUGAGAGCACAAAUCGAAUACCAAGAAGUAAUAUUAGUCGUUACGAUUGUUUCUAUCAUUUGGGGAGUGUUUUAUUUAAGUUGGAGCUAUUUCUUUAUAUUUUUGGAUUGCAUAAGAGUUCCUCGAAAACUUUUUUCGGCUAUUUCAAGAUUGAAGUAUUUUUGUCGUUAAGAACACGACGAACCACCUCACGUCGUGCGAUGUAAGGAGAAUCCAGCCUUCGUUAUACAACACUAUCUUAUUUACAUACAAAACCAAGAAUCUAAUUUGAGGGAGAGUCGUGCCGUCAACCAACUAGCAAGAAAUACAAGACACUAUAUCUAGUCAUGGACACUAGCUGUGGUCUGAGGUGCAUAUUACAAGUGUUGAUGACAGCUUGUCUGAUCUUAUACUUACCUGUCAAUGCAUAUACCUACUAUAACUGCUCUGAAUGUCAGAGCUUCCCAUCCAAAGAACUGGGUAUUUCAAUAUCAGAUGUUAAACGAAUCCUGAUUGAUAAAACAAAUGACAAGGUUAUUGUUGGAGCAAGGGACUGUUUGGUUAAAUUAGAACCAUCACUAUCAAGUGCUAAAUCAAGUUACCAGUAUGCCAAGCUAUCUCCAGCUGAUGUAAAUGUUAAGCAGUGUCUUUCAAGUGGACAACCAAAAAAGGUUUGUCAUAACUACAUCCGCCUGCUGGUUUUUAAUAAUAGCAAGAAAAUAUUUGCCUGUGGAACCUAUGCCAGAAAUCCAAGAUGCUGGAGAUUUGAGCCAACUGGACCCUUUUCUCCGACAUCACAAGAUGGAGUAAAUGGUUAUACACAAAGUCCAGGUUAUCCUGAUCAGAAUGUAACAGGAGUGGUAGCUGAGCAAUUUGCCAAUAAAGAGUAUAUAUAUACUGGAAUCAACCUUAACUAUGGCACAAGGUCCAGUACCAUUUACAGGAAGUCCAUAACUGACCCUGAUAAUGACUUUCUUAAAACUGAUGAUUCAGAACUCUUCUUAAAAGAUGCAAAUUUUGUUUCAUCUUAUAUUGCUUCUGAUAACUUCAUUUAUUUUUUCUGGAGAGAAAAGGCAAUUGAAGCUCAAAAUCAUAAUAUUUAUUCUAGAGUUGGAAGAGUGUGCACUUAUGAUGCUGGAGGAGCAUAUAUUUUAACGAAAAGAUUUACUUCCUUUACUAAAGCAAGAUUGUCCUGCACUGUUCCUGGUUCUGUGGACUUUAGCUAUGACCAUCUACAAUCUACAUUCAAGUUCAAUAAAUCUGUAUCUGAUGUCUAUAUCUAUGGUGUAUUCACCACACCAGAAACUGGUCUGACUGGUUCUGCAGUCUGCAGAUACUCUUUGAAAGACAUCCAGUCACUAUUCAGCACCAGUAAAUACCUAGAAGAAGUCAAGUUGGCAGAUUCAAAAGAUGUUACUUCCAAGGCAUGGAAAAGUGUUAUGCCUUUACCAAAUGUCCAAGAUCCAGGGAGACCUAAUUGCACAUCCAGUCUUGAUACCAAGAAUUAUGCUACUGAAACAACCACAUUUGCUAAACAUCAUCCCUUACUUGCAAGUCCUGUAAAACCAAAUGCAGGAACACCUUUGUUUGUCAUGCCAAAUGUCAGGUUCACUCAGAUAGCAGUUGAUAAUGUAAAUACUGGAUCAAAGAAUCAGUCCAUCCAAGUGGUAUUCCUUGCUACAGAUAAUGGCACAGUUUACAAACUGGCUCAAGAUCUCUCAGGAGGAAAAAAUGCCAAAGUAGUGGGACAGAUUGAUGUUUUUAAGACUUCUCAACCAAUUUUAAGCAUGAAGCUUUACAAGGAAUCACUGUAUAUUGGUAGUAGUUCAGGGGUCACUAAGGUUCUAACCAACAGAUGUUCAGACUUCAAGACAUGCAGGUCUUGUAUUGAGCAAAAAGAUCCUUAUUGUGGAUGGAGCAACAAAAGAUGCACAACAAAAGAUGAAGCUGGACAAAGUCCCUGGGUUCAGGAUCUUGUUAAUGGAGAAUAUGUUUCUGUAUGUCCUCAAGAGCCUCCAUUAUGCACCAUCAAAGCCUUGUCCAACAGUUCUGGUGGUGAUGUGUCAUUAGAGUGUUCUGGUACUGGUAUACCCAUCCCCUUGGUUACAGAAUGGCAGAAAGAUUCCCAAAAAAUAACUGAAAAAAAUGGUUACAAAAUCAAGACUUCAAACUCUCAACACUCACAGAUACUUGUUAUAUCUAAGUUUGGUCUGGAACAUGUUGGUGAAUACCAAUGUACUGUACAAAACAAUAAAGGAUCCCAGUACACAUGUAACCUUCCAAUCAAAGGUGCGCUGCCAGUCAUUUUCUCGGGAUUCUCCAAGAGUCAAGACAAGACAUACUUCUGGUGCAAAGCUACAGGAAUCCCAAAACCCACAGUCUCUUUGGUCAAAGUUAUUAGUGGAAGCUAUAGGUUAAUAGAUUCAGAUACUGUAUCUGUAAACCAGGAUUAUGGGAACAGAAUGUAUUACUGUAUAGCACAGAACACGUUUGGUUCAUCAAAGAGCAGAAACUAUACUAUCAAUGAGAGAGUUAUCAGUGUGGAAAUAAAAAUAAAAGAGGAAAAUUGGACUGAUUCAUUAAAGGAUCCCAAGUCACCUCAGUAUAUAGAUAUGUCAAAAAGACUUAAAAAAGCUAUUCAAAGUGUAUAUUCACAUGACACUGCUUUCUUGGACAUCACCAAUAUAUCAUACAGCAAAGGAAGUGUAAAUGCUGAGAUAAGCAUGAGAUUUGGUGCCAGUCCAUCAGAUAAAGACACAGACCUACUAGUUGAUUUACAAGCAGCAAUAGAGUCUGGAAAAAUUGGUUCAUUAAAAGUACAGAAGACAAAUGUUAUGAGCAAAUACAAUAAAGGACCAACACAGGGAUAUCGAAGUACAGGUGAAGGAAUAGACCGAGGAGUGUUUGCAGUUGCAAUCCUAGUAGCUAUAGUACUCAGUAUUCUAGUUGGUUUUCUCAUGGGAAUUAAGUUUCAUCGUCGAGGAACCCAUUCAUGUGGCUCUCGGCAGGACUCCUCAAUACACGAAGACAAGGAAAUUCAAAAUAUUAAGUGCAUAAAGUCACCAACAAUAGAAGAAACUAGAAAAUACCCAGAUACAAGUAUUCCAUUAAUGGACAGAGAUAGUGAUAAAGAUAUGUCUAAUGAUAAUGAUGAUGAUCAUCAUAGCACUGGAUCAAGUGGUGGGAGAAUAGUAUACAUACAUAGGCCAGAUCGCUCAACUAAACCAGAGAGAAAUGUGCUCGUUAAUGGGAAAAUACCACAGAUUCAUUAGUAAAGUCAACUAUUAUUAUAGAACAUAUAAAAAUAUUUAUAUUUCAUAUAUAUAUAUUAUUUUUGAAUUCAUUUAUAAAAGUUUUUAUUAAUAACUUAUUUCUAGAGCAACUUAUUGUCAUUAAGAUUAAUAAUAAGGUGAGUAUGAACUUCGCUGACAUAGAAUCUCAUACAAACCUAAUACACAUGCAUAUAAAUGCGUGUAUAAAUUACGUGUUUAGUGCUAACCAGAUGAGUUUGGUCUUGCCUUUGAAGACUUCUACUUCUAUUAAGGUUAUUGAAACAGCUAUUUUCAGUUGGGCAGUCUCUCCCACCAAUCUUCCUAGUUUUGCGUUCCCCACACUUUACCUUACUGUUGCUAACAAGACUGCAGUCUUUGUUCCAUGAUUGAACUGGAGCUUGAAAGUACCAAGGGUAAAACAACCAAAAUAGAGACCACAACGUUCUUGAAACCUCAAACUGCACUUCAAUGUCAGGUGUUUUCCGUCAUUCGUUUUCCAUCAAACUUUCAACAUUAAUUAAGAUGUUAUAAAGUUGUUGCUGGAAGAGCUGCCAUAUUGAAUUUCAUUGAUGCCCAGUGUUUCUCAGUGUUUGUGGGCAUUUUUCAGGGUCUAAUUUCUAGCAGUUAGCGAUUAGCAGUAAACAUGCUAAAGGUCUCUAAAUAGAGAGUCUUAGAUUGACUUUUUUUUCUCCCCGCAAGCGGCAAACAUGACCAUGUUUUCAUAGUUGUCCUUUAUUUUACUUUACCUUUUACAAUCCUUCUCACCAAGCACAAAUACUCUUUUCUUUUUCUACUACUUGGACUUUUUUGUGAUUCUUUUUCAGUGAUUGAAAAGAUUUUCUUACUGGUCAACUGACGUUUCACGUUUGCCAUGAACGUAAAUCUAAAACUCUCUAAUAACUAGAAACGCUCUGCACAUUUGAGACCUUAAUAAUUGAUUGCCAUAAUGAAUCGAUUCUCAUAGUAAUUUAGGUAGAAAAAUACAAAUGAGUAAUUUAAUUAAAUAUUAAUUAAUUAUUAUCAUUUUAUUAAAAUCGCUUUUGGGUAUAAUUUUGUAAUAAUGUUAAGAUCACAAGCUGAAAGAUCUUCAAAGAAUGUCUGUGUUGACUAAUAUUUAUAUUACUUCAUUUUUCUGAAGAUGUAAAAUCUUGAUAAAUCAAUUCAUUUUGAAUUUUAGUCUGUAAAAAAAACCCCAGAAAAGUGGUAAUAUUUAUACUAAUUAUUUUGUAGAUUUUUGUAUAAAGAUCUAACUUUCUUGGUUAGUGAAAAAUUUGGCCCAUAUUCGUUUGCCCUCUUUCUAGUUUGCUCAAUAUUUAGUUAAAGUUGUACAAAGAAAAAUCAAAACUUUUUGAAUGCAAAAAUUUAAUUGCCAAGAUGUAUAUAAUUUAGAUAUUUUCAGUCUACAAUAAAUUGUCUCAAUUAUGGUGA